AUGGACUCGGACGAUGAAAUCCCAUCAUUGGUGACAGCUAUUACAUUGGAUCCGGUGCCCGUGACAAUUAUAACCGGUUACUUAGGGUCUGGCAAGACAACUCUUUUAAAUUAUAUACUUACGGAACAACACAAUAAAAAAAUCGCUGUCAUAUUGAACGAAUUUGGCGAAGGUGAUACUAUGGAAAAAUCAAUUGCUGUUGGUGAAAAGGGAAACCUUUGUGAAGAAUGGCUUGAACUACAAAAUGGCUGCUUAUGUUGUUCCGUCAAAGAUAACGGUGUGAAAGCAAUCGAAAACCUUAUGUCCAAACGUGGAAAAUUUGAUUAUAUAUUGUUAGAAACUACAGGAUUAGCUGAUCCUGGACCUAUUGCAAAAUUAUUUUGGAUUGAUACCGAACUGGGAAGUGAUGUUCAUUUAGAUGGAAUAGUCUAUGUCAUUGAUAGCAAGAACGCAAAUAAACAUCUUGGCAACAGUUUACUUGAUGAACCUAACUUGGAUAUUGUAAACCCUUCAACAAGACAAAUUGCAUUAGCUGAUAUUAUACUCAUCAAUAAAGUCGACUUAGUAGACAGAAGUACAUUGGAAACGUUGCAAACCAAGAUUAGAUCGAUAAAUGGAAGUUCUGAAAUUAUCGAGACAACAAAUAGCAGGUAA